AGUCGACACACUGAGACCGAUUCAUUAGCGGAACGCUACUCCCUGGACUCCUGUGAUUCGGGUUCAUUCUCCUCCGCCUCCUCUCGAGAAAGGACAGGAGUCUCGCCGAUAUUCAGCUUCCCAAUUGUUCCAUCAUGCCGUCUAACCAGAACUUACAAGGUGGAAAGGCGUUUGGAUUGUUGAAAGCCCAGCAGAGGGAGAAGCUGGACGAAGUGAACAAGGAAUUCAUGGAGGAUCAGAAGUACAGAGAUGAAGAGGAUUUGCCAGAGAAGCUGGAUUCCUUCAAAAACAAAUAUGCAGAAUUUGACCUGAAUGAUGAGGGAGAGAUUGAUAUGAUGGGUCUAAAGAGGAUGAUGGAGAAGCUUGGUGUGCCCAAGACCCACUUGGAGAUGAAGAAGAUGAUCUCCGAGGUGACUGGCGGCAGCAGCGAAACAAUCAACUACAGAGACUUUGUCAAGAUGAUGCUGGGGAAGCGCUCGGCUGUGCUGAAACUGGUGAUGAUGUUCGAAGACAAGGCUAACAGCCCCGCCUGCAAGCCAGACGGUCCGCCACCAAAACGUGACAUCGCCAGCCUACCCUAGAGCAUCAAGAAAACGAGACCACCAGUUCCCAUCUGUUUCCAAUCCAGUGGGGCUAAGUGUAUAUAGCCUUAUCCAACAUUGUUUUUAAGAACCUAAGGGAAAUUCUGAGGUUGGAGGUGAUAAAUGCUAAAGAAAAAAAAAAAACAAGAGAUAUCUAUAUAAAUUUGCUGUGAAAAAGUCAAACUGCAGAUUAGCUUUUUUUUUUAAUAAGUCCAGAAAUGUAUAUAUUUAUAUGGAGCUAGGUCUUUUGAAGUGUACUUAUUCCUUUUAACGGAGUCGUUUGAUGAAAAUGAACGAAGUGUGUUUGUUAACAGUGCAGUGUGUAACAUUUGAAACGUAUUUUAAGUGUAGUGUGAUUAAGACCAUUUUAUUUCCGAACACUUUUCAUUCCUGAUGAAGGUGUUUGUCGUCCUUUUCACAAAUUUAAUUUUUGAGUGCUUUUGCUUUAGACAAAAAAGACCAGUUAAUUUCAGACAGAAUUUUUUUGGGUUUGGCCAGUAACCUUUAGCUGCAGUGUGUCAAGUAAGUUGUAGAGUAAUGGCAAUAAUAUCUACAUAUAGGCCAUUUAAUGGUAGGGCAUUUAGAGGUAUUUACACUCACCAGCCACUUUAGUAGGAAAAUCUGAUUGCCAGACACACUGGUUUAAACUAAUCACUCUACAAUCCAUGGUGAGCAAAAGAGCAUUUAAGAGCACAACCUUAUCACCUGGAUCUGUGUAGUUUUCCAAUUUAAGUGUUUUUUCUAUUAAAGUUGGCAAUGAGGGUGUGUAUGUGUGUGUGUAUAUGUAUGUGUGUGUAUGUGUGUGUGUGUGUGUAUAUAUAUAUAUAUAUAUAUAUAUAUAUAUAUAUAUAUAUAUAUAUAUAUAUAUAUAUAUACACACACACACAUACACACACACACACACGCAUGCAUGCAUUUUCUUUUAAUAUCUUAGGGAUUUUUUUUUUUUUGUGGUCAAAGUUAUUAUUACAGAAAGGGACCAAGAAAGCAAAGGAGAAAGAUUCACUGGCUGUGGAUAAGUGGCAGGUUUUCAUUACUUCUAGCUUAAAUACCUCAUAGCUUUCAAUUCAUCCUUCAUUCUGAUUCUUUUUUUUUUUUUUUUUUUUCUCCAUCUCUUGUCUUUUGGCAUUAUGUGACUUGUCUAAGAUAAAAUGUGACUAUUUUUAAUGAAACAUUGUUCACUGAGUACAAAAUGUAUAUUUUUUAUUCUCCCAAAUCUGUGGUUCAUUUUAUAUCCAUCAAAGCCCACACUUGGACAAAUGCCAUAUUUCUACAUGCAUUCAAACAGGGUCACUUUCUGCUUUACUGUAAAAUUAAGUUGAAAUCAGGCUUUCCAAGUGCCUCAUAGAGUUCUGAUGUAGCCAAUUUACACUCGGUGUACAAAACGGUUUUGUGUGGAAAUGAUUUUUGUGUUUUUAAUUGUAUCCCUCAAUCUGACAUUCAUCCUCUGUUCAGCUCGCUGACCACGGUGUUCUCAAAAAUGUGUUUCCAUUUAUAUUUGUAGUAUUUAUUUUGUAAUUCUUUCCAUUCAUUCGAAACUAAAUAAGUUGAAUUUCUGAAUGAACCAUUUUCUUUUCACAAUUCUCAUAUGUUUCUCUUGGCCUAUAAGUUUAUGUAUUUUCAGUUCCUUUUAUAAUUUUAUCCUGUUAAUGUAGAAAUUGUGCGUCUGUUUAAAUUUUCAUUCAUUUACUCGCUAAAAUUGGACAUACGAAUUAGCAGUUGCACUGUUUUUAUUUAGAGGGUUUUUUUUAUCAUUUUGAUUAGUUUGUUUAUAAUUACUUUCAGCAGCAUAAAUGCAGGCUUUUUUAUACUGUUGGUCACAUGUUUUAUUUUGUUAGUGUGUUAUUUUUGCGAACACCAAAGGAAAUAAAGUUCACAUGGUGACACCGGAA